AUGUUGAGAAACAGCUUAUUUAGAACUCCUUUAGCUAGACGUUUGACUACUUUGACUCCAGUCAGCACCAAGUCAGCACCACCUGCUGCUGCUUCUUAUUCACAAGCGAUGAAGGCCAAUAAUUUGAUCUUUGUAUCUGGUCAGAUUCCAUACACUCCAGAAAACAAACCAGUUGAAGGCUCAAUCUCUGAUAAAGCUGAACAAGUAUUCUCAAAUGUAACAAAUAUUUUGGAAGCAAGCAAUUCUUCUUUGGACAGAGUUAUUAAGGUGAAUGUUUUCUUGAAAGAUAUCAAAAAUUUCCAAGAAUUCAAUUCUGUCUAUGCCAAGUAUUUUAACGUUCAUAAACCUGCUAGAUCAUGUGUUGCUGUCGCUGCAUUGCCAUUAAACGUUGAUUUAGAAAUGGAGGUUAUUGCAGCUGAAAAGGAUAACUGA